AUGGCUUGGCCUGGUUCUACCACUGGGCGUGCUGCGACCCCUACUGUUUUUGAGCAGCAACGGGAGGAAUUGGUUCGGGAGAUUGCCGUGGGUAUGGAACAGGUGCUUCAGAAUAUGAAUCGAUUGAAUCGGAAUUUAGAGAGUAUCAUCACGGUCGGUAAUGAGUUCAGCUCGGUGGAGGCUCUCUGGUCUCAAUUCGAAAACUUCAUGGGCCAGUCUGAAGAGACAGAGCAGAAUGCUGAGGGCAAGUGGAAAGUCAGUGGUGAGAGCGAAGGGCAGGACAAGCCGAUCAAGCAAGAGGAAGAUGAAAAUAAACCCAUGCUACAAUAG